AUGCCGCCAUUUCCAUCUCUCCGCUCCUCCAUUGCAAUGAACAAUCUCCGGUCACCUCAUUAUUCUUCUUCUUCAGCUCCGCCAAUCAAACCCCUAAGCGGACUUCCUUUUAAUCAUCACUUCAAUCUUAAUCCCGACAAAAUUCCUCCUGUCAAAUUCUCGAUUUACUACCACAACACCAGCUGCAAGCUCAGGCUCAGGAGUCUGCCUCCGCUCUCCGCCGCCAAGAAGGAUAUCACAUCGCCGCCGCCUCACGCUCCCGAUCGGAAACUCUACGCCGCGGUGUGCUGUGCUGUUACCGUGGCGCUAGCCAUAGCUAAUCGCGUGUUCUACAAGCUCGCGCUUGUUCCCAUGAAGGAAUUCCCCUUCUUUCUGGCUCAGCUCACUACUUUCGGGUAUGUGGCUGUAUAUUUCUCUGCCCUUAACAUGAGAUACAGAGCUGGCAUCGCGACUGAUGAGAUGUUAGCCAUCCCAAAAUGGCCUUUUGUAUUCAUUGGCUUGUUAGAAGCUCUUGGCGUUGUUUCAGGCAUGUAUUCUGGAGCCAUGCUUCCUGGACCAGCUAUACCUAUAUUAAGUCAGACAUUUUUGGUAUGGCAGCUGGCUUUUUCUGUGCUCCUGUUGAGGAGGAGUUACUCUUUGAACCGACUGGCUGGAUGCUUUCUUGUUGCAGCUGGUGUUGUAUUAGCAGUUACAAGUGGAUCUGAACACAAUCAGAUUCUCUCCGGAGUUGGGGUCAUAUGGCCAGCAAUGAUGAUUGUUUCAACUGCAUUUCAAGCAGUUGCUUCUGUCCUCAAGGAAUCUGUUUUCCUUGAUGCUGCAACCCGCCUCAAGGGAAAACUGCUGGACAUCUUUGUUGUCAAUUCCUUUGGAUCUGGAUUUCAGGCACUUUUUGUACUCCUCUUUCUGCCUUUUUUGUCCAACUUGAAGGGUAUACCAUUAUCUGAACUCCCCUCAUACUUGAGAAGUGGUGCUGCAUGCUUUCUUCACGUUGGGAACAAAACAACUGGCUGUGAUGGAGCACCAUUACUACCCAUCCUCUACAUAAUAACAAAUAUAGCUUUCAACAUAUCCGUGCUCAAUCUUUUGAAAUUGUCUUCGGCUGUGGUUUCUUCUCUUGCUGUGAUGUCAUCAGUGCCAAUCUCGAUAUACAUUCUCUCUCUUCCAUUGCCGUAUCUUCCGGAAGGCGUAAAUUUGAGUCCGUAUUUCGUCUUGGGCAGCUUGGUUCUAAUGAUGGGACUCAUUGUAUACAAUGCCUCGUGGCCUCUCAAGCAGAACUCUGACAUCUCCUGA